AUGGUCGACGUCGGUGGCGUACUUAGCUACGCUACAACUUCGGGCGUUGAAGCUCUGAAGAUUCUUAAUAAAUGGCUUGAUAGCGAAGAAGUUGCACUGGCCUGGUAUGGCAAAGAGAAAGACGUUUUUCUGCGGAAACAAAACUGGCUUUUAAAGCUACUUUCUGGAAAAUACAAGCAGCCAGAGAUCCAAAAAGUCUUCACCAUUCAGAAAGAAGAUUGGCAGCUUGUUAUCGAAGAAUCUCUUCCAGUCGCCCACACAUGGUACCGCAAAAGGAAGGAUGAGUCGGGCGAGUGUUCUUGGCUUCCAUUAUUCUGGGCAUGCCGUUCCCCACUUGGCGAAACCAGAGUGCUCUCCAAAGCGGACAAGGCAUUUACUUCUCUUGGUAUUGUGUCUAAUUUGCCAGCAGCACGCCUUGACCUUUGGGGCUUAGUCGUCAUGGCCUAUUCUAAUGGUGCCUGGAGCCGGGUCGCCUUGUCAAAAGACGGAGGUUUCAAUGCAACUUUACUCUGCAAGAACUUCAUCCUGAAUGUCAGCCAGACAAAUGUCAAUGCACCAACUAUAGGGCACUUGGAGCCUAGAGAGCAUCCGGCUGAAGACCAUGAGCCUCUGGGAGUAGAUGAGUCACGGUCUCUUCUGGUUCAUGGACAUUCUUUCAGCACUAAUGAUGUCUCCAUUGGCUGGCCUUUGAACGGAAGCAUUGACCCUCCUCCAUUGGAGUUGGCCGAUGGCCAGUGGGAUAAAACGUUGAAAAAAAUGGUCCUUGACUACUUCCAGUCAAGUACUGGGAAGAAUGGGCGAGCUUUAUGGCCAAAGUUCGCCGCGGGUUCGAUGGGAGAGCACUCAGCAAUCUUCCCACAGGCCCAGAUCAAGUCAGUGAUCGCCCUGCCAGAGAAACAGAACGGCGUGCCGGCGGAACCGCCCCGCGUAUACGUUUGGAUGACAUUGUCAUUCAAGAAAUAG